CUAUAAAGCUUAGCAAUGGAAAGUAAUGAAACCCUCAAAGAGGAAGAGUUCUUGGAGAGCACUGAAGAAGGAGCAGCUUUCAACCAAACUGUGUUCGCAGAGAUGGAGACCUUCAUAGUCGAUGAUUUGAAGCCCAGGAAGAAAAAUUGGGUGAACUGCAUCAUGGCUGUAGUGAUCAUCUACCUGAUUCUGCUCACAGCAGGUGCUGUGCUGCUGCAGCUUCAAGUCCUGAAACUGCAGGGAGCACCUGACUACUUCCCCAACGGGACAAUUAUUGCUGAAGACAACCCAUCCUUCUCCCGGCUGCGUUUGGCAUUGGAGCUGAAUGACCUACAGACCCAGCUGUCUAAAGUUCAAGUCAUCCAGGAACGUCUGUUGCAGCAGGUGGACAAUCUCACUCGCAAUGCAGAGUUGCACAGGAUCAAAGGUGAAAGAGGUGCCCCAGGUCCAAAGGGGGACCCGGGUGUGCCUGGACACCCUGGCGAGAAGGGAGCCAAGGGGGCCGUGGGACCGCAUGGAAGCCCAGGUCUCCUGGGACCCCAAGGCCCACCAGGAAGGAAGGGAGACCCAGGCCUCCAAGGACCCAAAGGCACACAAGGAGAGCAAGGAGUUGAUGGUACACCAGGACCCCAAGGGGAGAAAGGCAGCAAAGGUGAUGGAGGUCCCAUUGGCCCCAAAGGAGAAGCUGGUGCCAAGGGAGAUAAAGGAGACCUGGGCCACCCAGGUAAGAGCUGUGUUGGGGUGGCAGUGCUCACAGGGAGUUAUAGCAACACAAAUGCAGGCUCAGACCAUACAGAAAACACUGUCCAGCUGGACGAAUGGUCGCUACAACUCAAUGGUCAUGGCCCAGAUCAACAGGCCUUGCACCCUUCCCCAAGACAACCUGGAGUGCCAGGUGUUCGAGGCCCUCCUGGUCCAGCAGGACCUCUGGGAGCCAAGGGUGAACGUGGCAUCACUGGUAUGGUUGGGUUAACAGGAGCACCAGGAAAUCCUGGAAGUCCAGGACGUGAGGGCAUGAAAGGAAGCAAGGGUGACACAGGAAUUCAAGGACAGAAGGGAACAAAAGGAGAAUCUGGAGCCCCAGGAUCUGCAGGUCCAAAGGGAGAAAAGGGAACCCUUGGGCCGGCAGGACUCAGAGGAGCACCUGGAGGAGUUGGCCCUAAGGGACACCCAGGAGAGAAGGGAUCUUCUGGGCAGAAAGGAGAAAAGGGAGAAAAAGGUGAAAAAGGGUCAUUUGCCACAUCUGUCAGGAUUAUUGGCACUAGCAGUAGAGGCCGGGCUGAAGUCUACUAUAAUGAGGUCUGGGGAACGAUUUGCGACGAUGGCUGGGAUAACUCUGAUGCCACUGUCUUCUGCCGCAUGCUGGGUUUCAGCAGGGGAAAGGCCCUGAACAGCUAUGGAGGUGGCACUGGAAAGAUCUGGCUGGAUGAUGUUGCCUGUCAGGGGUCAGAGUCUUCCCUGUGGAGCUGCAACAAGAGUUCCUGGGGCACUCACAACUGUGGCCACAGCGAGGACGCAGGCGUGGAGUGCAGCUAAUCUUGAAGCCCUGAAGUCACCGCUCUGUCUCCAUGGUGGCCUUGGACUCACACAUGCAUGUGGGGGAAGGGACCCUGUGAGGGAUCCCUGGAACUGGCUGAGCAGGCUCUGGAGAGGGUCAUUAGUAAAAGUUAAAGUACUGCCUGGCCACAUCCCAGGCUGUGGCUGAAUUGUCACUGAGCUGGCCACUCACACCCUUUAUCCAUGUCCCCACUUAGUGGCGCACCAUUUCACUGAAUUCUCCUUCACCUUUGCACUCGGCUGGGGACAACCUCAGCCCCAUAGGCCAAGGGAGGGUGGAGACAGAGCGAACGGUGGGGAAAAGUGAAGGUCACCUGUGGUCAGAGUUAGCCUUGACCUUGCUGUCAGUCAUUAGGCAUCUCCCAGAGCAAGCUCCCCGCCGGCUGGCCAGCAAAUGAAGAGGCUGGCUGGCUGGUGGCACCAGGUCUCAAGAUGAAUGGAAUUGCACCUUUCAGCCUGGAGCUUAGCUCUCAGGAGUAGGAUGUAGCCCCAUAAUUGCUAGGGCUUUUGUCUGCUUUAUCCACCCUAGGAGUGUCUCCGGAAUGUUUAUUGAAUAAAAGUCAGCAUUAAACCAUGUAGGCAAGAUAU